CGCCGGCCCUUGGAGGCUGCCUGGCCGUGGGCGCGGAGUUUCAGCAGUUAAAGGGAGGCGCUUGGGGACUCGGGGGCUCCUGUUGUCUCAAGCAAUGCUGCACUUUAACAUUCCUUCCCUGAUUUUCGGAGGAAGAGCUUUCCCGGCGCUGGGGCAAAAAAUCCUUUUGCAUCUUUCCUCGGUCUUUGAUUCAGCCCAGCUCCAGCGGUGCAGAGCGUUUUCCCAGCGCGAUUAGUUUUUCGGCGUGAUCUGCGCGAUUUCUUUAGAUGUGACUGGAGAUGCGGUUGAGGCAGCCGCACUGGACUUGCUAUUGCUGGCUAGCGGUUUGCCUGUGGCUUCUGGCAGGAGAAGGAGGAUGUGUGCAUGGAGAGGUCUGCAGAAGCCCCCCAUGCAGCAGGAGCGGGGAUGGUGAGCAUCACCCCCCCUUCAGGCAGCCCUGCCAGGGUCCUCACUGCUCAGGCAAGGCCAGCCGCCUGUCCCGCACCUUUGUCCACACCACCACACCUGUGCAAGGGCAGCUGCAGAGCAAGCAGCAGCAGCCACCUGUAGCGGGGAGCCACUCGCCACAGACUGACCUGGCCACGAGGGAUUGCUCUGAAGGAGGGGACUGCCCCACCGGGGCUGCCAAUGGCACUGUGCGGGACUGCAAAGGCAUUGAGUGCAGGCUCCCCCUGCGCAUUCGCCAGAAGCCCCGGCUGGCUGUCCAGGCCAUCCCCUGCCCCCCAGGCCAGGGGGAAGGCUGCCCUGAACCUUCCCUUGUGAGAGUGGCCGAGAAGGCAGCCCAGUUCAUUGGGGAAGACCUGGCUUACACAGCUUCAGAACUUGGCGGUGCUGCUCUGGGGGUUCAGCUCACUUGUGAUGUCAAGCCAGGGGAAAAUGAAGUCCCUUCUGAGGAUGCGCUUAUACUGCAACUUCAGCUUACAAAAGGACAAGAGAAGUUUGUGGAAAUGCUAAAAAGCCAGCAGAGGAUGAUUGUGGAUUUACAGCAAAACCUGGCAGAGCAGCAGAACACAUUGGUUACUCAGCAGCGGGAAAUUAUUGAGCAACAGAGGAAAAUGUAUGAGCAAAUGGAUCUGAUAAAGGUCCAGUAUGGCAUGCUUUAUGACACCGUGAAACAAACAUCCUUUAAGAGUUUGCAAGAGGAUAUUCAACAGUAUUUUGAAGCCAGUCUCCAAGGCUUCCAGAACCAAGUCAGGAAUCAUCUCCAGAAGUCAUACCCGGUGCAUAAAGUUGAAGUUGAUGCAAAAGUGAUUGAUGUUGGAGAACCUUUAAUGGCCUGUGGCCUGUGUGAAAGUGAUGAAUUUUGCAAUUUCCAGAAGACACCCUCUCAGUGUGAAAAAUGCACCUUAUGCCCCGCUGGCUUUUUCCAGCUCUCUGAGUGUUCUGCAAAUGCUGAUCGGCUGUGCCAGGACAGAGAUGAGUGCGUUGAAUCACCGAAUAUCUGUGGGGAGAGGGUGAAGUGCUUGAACACGCCAGGAGGAUUUCGAUGUCUUGGAAUUGCAGAAAAAGAGGCUUCUUUGGGAUUGUGCGGAGAGAAGUACUUCUUUAACAAAGAACUGCAGGAGUGCCAGGCUUGCCUCACGUGUGAAGAUGGGCUGGUUGCGUUCCCAUGUUCUGCCGUUAGAGAUACCGUGUGUUCAGCUGUCGGUGAAAUCAAGCUGUCUGAGUCCUGUGCUGCAAACCUUGUUUUCCCCUUAGCGGUGUCUGGUACUUCUCAAGUCCAUCCUGGUUUUAACUUGAAGAUAAAAGGAAAGCAGGAGUGUGAGAUAGGAUCAGUCAAAGAAACCAGCCUGGUGUUCAGGCAGCAUGGCUUGAUGUGGGUUGACGUGAACUUUGCUGCAAAGCACAAUUGUAGAAACUUCCUCCAGGUUUCCUUGAAAUUCAACAACAGUGAGGAAGGCUGUGAGCUGAGCGGCAUUCGGAUCGAGCAGCCAGAAGGCAAAAUUUUUCAGAGCGCCAGUGCUAGCGGUGCUGCAGAAAUUGAACCGGGUCAAACACUUUCAGUGUUUUUGAAGAGUCCCAACCAGUUCUGCAACCAAAGUAAAGACUUGAGUGUUUAUGAUCUCAACACCCCCCUCAGCAUAUUUUGGCUGUCCCAUGAUACAGGGGCAGUGGCUAUGACGGCACAGACAGCAACAGCAACACACUACCAAACCAACUAUCGGCCAACAUUUAAGUUGGUUUCUCUUUCUGACCCUUACAUGCUAACAUUGUCCCACGACGGCAGAGCUGUCAAAUUUACUGAAAGUGGUAUUGUGAAGUUUGUCUUCCAUCAAGCCUUAUACUCCAUGGGUCACACCUGCAUUCGGGAAGGGUUUUCGCUGGUUUCUUAUCUCAACAGAAAUGGCACCAAUGUGGAACUAAUGACCGCGUAUAAGUCUGGUGUCAAUUACAGAGAUACAUCCAUCUCUGCUUCAGGGGCCACCAAAGUUGGAGCUGGGGAUCUGAUUAGCUUUGAGAUCCUUUCGCCAGUACAAUGUAAUGUUCGCUAUUUUGGAGAUGGCUCUGGAAUUAGCUCGCUUAGCCUCCUCUGGAUCCCACCUGAACUUUCUACUGCUCUUUCAGCCUUGGUUUGUUCUACAGGGCUGCCCACAGGAGCCGUUAGAAACAAAUUACUGGAUUUUACUCAAGUUUCAUCCAGUGAGAAACAGAUCCAUCUGGUUUCUGCUGGGCGAUAUGCUCAGAAAUAUUUUGUAUUUUCUGAAAGGGGAAUUGCCAGUGUUGCAUUUACGUUAAAGUUGAUCCAUUCCUGCAAUAUGCUCAGAGUGAUGCUAAAUCAGCUCAUUGGUGAUAAUGUGCAGCCAAAUGCAAUUGCUCAGCAAGUUGGAGGCCAAAUGCCAGAAGGAAGCAUCUGGGCCAGUGUUAGCCUUCGCUCCUCUUUUGAAGUCCACAACGGCACAAUGAUCUCUGUUUCACUAGACUGUGUGCGUGGCAGGGUCAACCACAUUGCUCAUGAACACGGCACCAGCUUAUCCAUCUUAUGGAUUUCAUCAUAGCUGUCCCAGGUUGAAACUCAAAACUAAUAAAGCAAAUGGAAGGAAUGCGUAAAAGUGAUGGGUGGCAUCCACUGCACCCAUGUUGGGCUUUUCUUUGGUCCUUUUUCUGGUUGCAUUGGUCAUGGCGAGAAGAGAAUGCACUGAGGCAAGAACUUGUCAGGAAAAGAAUGGACAAGGCAAAACAAGAAGAUAGUAAUAACUGGGUAAGAUGGGCAUUCAUCCAUUCAGGUAGAGCAUGUACUUUGUAUGCAGGAGGAGCUGGGUUCAUUCUCUGCCAUCCUCAGGCAAAACUAGAAAAAUCUAUGCCCCAAACCCUGGAGAGCUGCUGCCAGUCAGUGUCAACAAUUCUGGGCCAUACUAGAGGUCUAACUCAGUGCAAGCCAGCUUCUCAUGUCCUACUCUUGAGUAACAGUUGCUGGGAAAUGAGCAGCUGUCCAGAAGAAUCUGUCUGAUCACUGGGGGAAACAGGAUACUGGACCAGUGGACCUCAUCUGCAGGACUUCUUGCAUUCUUGAUGGAUAAGUAUGGCAUGUAACCACAUGGAAAGAGGCCCCUCUCUGCUAUAAUAAUGUAUGCAUUGAUCCUGAUAUGCAAUCUGCCUUUCUUUUUACACCUGCAGCAGAAUUCCCACAUGGUGGAUUUCAUUUUAAAAGUAUUAGGCCUGGAUCGAAAAAAUAAUGGUGUGAGAACAUUCCAAACUAAUGGUAAUAAGGGAAGACAUCAUUUCUGUAUCUGUACCAUUUUUGGAGCCUAGUUUUAUGCCUCAAAAUAAAAGGUGCAGUCACCACGUGGCCCAAGGGAGCUUUCCUGCUUUCCUUCUUGGAGUGUGCUAGCCAUUCUCUGUAACUGGAAGCAAUAACAGCAGUGCUACAUCUGUGCCCCAGUGGGGGUGGUCACACUCAGUGCAAAGUGCAGCAUAAACUGAGCUGGGUCCCAGGCUGAACUUGGGCAGUCACUUGUGAAUCACCCAAAGGAGGGCAGAGAUUUGCAUAAAAUUUGCAAAUGCUAGAAGAAAUGCAAAUGUGUAAAUAAUAACUAUAACUUAAAUAGAGAUACAAUGCAUCUUGCCAUAGGAGGUGAGUUUCUUUGCUCAGUUCUUCUGUCCAGGUGUUAACUGUUGAUGGACACCUUCAGGGCCCAGAGCUUCCUUAUCUUCAAAUGGGCAAUGGACUGGAUUGCAAAUAGAAGAUGUCUUCAAAUUAGACGACAGUGCCCUGGCAGUCUUAAUAGAGGGCCGUCCUGCACAAAAGAGGACACAUAGCUGCUCUCGAAUGAGAACGGAGGAAAAGAUGCAAGCACACCAGCCUCCUGUUACCCAUAAUGGGUAAUGUCCCUGAACUCACAUUGGGAGAGAGAGAAGUGCUCCUUGACGCCUGGGUAUUGCUUCAGGGAUGCCCUAGUCAAGUGCAGGAGUGGGCAGGCCUUUUAUUCUAGAACCCAAAGGUCCACCAACCAGAGUCCAGGGAAGAAGAUAUAUGAAGCUUCCAGAUAGGGGCUGCUCAUGCUAGCAAACAAAUAGUACCUGUGGUGUUGACUUUUUUUUCAACAUCUCUUUUCCCCUUAGUGGUGGGCAUUUGGGAGUGAAGCAGAUGCUUCUUGUUGGGGCCUGGAAGAAUGUUCAGAUUUGUAGAGGUGCUUCAUCUGGCUGAGCGUGGCAGGAUUAUUCUCCUUUAAGGUGCUUCUUUCCAGUCCAGCUGGAGGCAAUGGGCAUCCCAUGCAUCAUACAGGGCAGGUGUCCAAGGUCGGCUUGGUUGGGCACCUGCCAAGUCUUCAUCCCUCUGAAAAGAGCCUCUGGAGUGGCUCCUUCUCCACUGAACCUGGAGAGCCAAUCUGUCUCUUGCUCUGGCCCAGACGAGAAGUGGGGAGAAGCAGCAAGAGAUGCUGCAGCUGCCUGGAAUCAAACAAGUGGCGGCAGCAUGGGCAUUCGCAGAGGAGCAUCUGGUGACAGUGGCAGUGCAAGAAGUGACUCCGUGAGGGGGCAGUGAAGGCGCCUUGUCUAGGGCCCUUGAAAACCUGGAACCCACACUGGCUUUGAACAUGUUGCGAGACCUGGCAGGCUAGUCCUCCUUCGGUCAGGGGAAAUAAAUGGGGCAUUAUCACUUUUGUAAAUGGGUUAUUAAGAACUGAAGCUGUCUCUUCGAAGAACUUUCAAUUAUUAUAGGCUAGUAAGUUCUAUAUAUUUGGAGUUUUGCCUGGUUUGUUUCCCCCUUUGUCUUGUAACCUUUGUUGGUAAUGAACUUUAUUCUUCAAUCUGGAGUUUAGGAAGUGAUUUCAGGCCAAACUCGGGAGGAGUUUGUUCUUUUUCCCUCUCCAUGUGGCCUUGCUCAUCAGGGCUGGAUGAAUAGCUGGUCGUCCAUCUUCUCCCAAGGGAACUAAUCAGCACCAAAAUUGUCACAGCAUCUGUUCCAUCCUGUCCUCCUUAUCCAGAAAGAAGAUGGAUGCCAUACUGGGAAAAACAGGAGGUUUCCAAAUGGAAGACAAUAAUGUCUGAACCCUCUGUAAGAAUCCAUGAACCGGGCAAUGUAAUUGCAUAAUAAAAUCUUCAUCUGAAAAUGCUAUAAAUUUAAAACAUUCUGGACUCAGUAAUUGGUUUUGAGUACGAAACCAGAAUGUAGGUCUCAGUUCUUCCACGGAAAAACUCACCUGUUUAUUCCCCCAGCUUUUUUCAUUUUAGCCAUAUAAUUUAGUAAAUUUCACUUUGCAAUGCUGGAAACUUCAAGACAGCUCCUUUUUUUUUUUUUUUUAAGACUCUUUCAUACUUAGUUACAAAAGAGAAAAGUAAGACUAAGGUCCUGAAUUGUAUAAAAUCUUUCAGAUAUGUGUGUUGCUCUUUGUUGCUAUGUUUGCAUGAUGUGUAUAAUGUAUUUUUAACAGUUUUUAAUCACUGUAGACUGCAGCUCCCCCCAGUUUCAAGGUUGGAGCAUUGUCUCCAGCCUUGGAGCUGUGAAUCCCAAGUAUCCUAUGACCCCUCAGAUACUGUCUGUGUAGUAUAGGAUUGCUCCCUAAGAGUCCUAAAUUCUGAUCUACUAGUAGAUCUACACUUCACUUAUGUUCUGCACACUCUGUGCAAAAUUAAAGGUUUUCCCAUAUCUCGAAAGUUGUAGGAUUGUAUUGGGAUGGCUACAUUUGCAACGUACAAACAAACAAACGAAAUAACAGAGGUUUGGUUUCUAUGGCCAGUUGUCUCUUUAUUAUAACAAAUGAUUAAACUUCAAUAUGUGAUCUAAAUAUUUCUACCAUUCUGCAUAGAUUAUUUAAAUCUAUACAAGUUAAGAAAUUUGCUGAAGUGUGCAGGCAUGAGAACUACCUUAAGUAUGUUGAUAUAAAGUAUGCGAAUUGUAAUUGAUUGUGAGCUUUCUGCAAGCUUUUAUGCAGGCUAUAGUACAUGUUAAAAACUAUAAUAGUUUAUGCUGUAUUUAAAAAAAACCCAAAUAUUUUAAUUAUGCUACUCAAACUGUUGAUCUGUUAUUUUAUAUUGCAUUAAGAGAAUGUAAUACAAAUAAAGCAGUUUCAUUUACUUA